AGAAUAUCAUAGAACUAAAGACUGACUCUUUUAUAUAUUUUUCGAGUUAUUCAAGAUAUACACUUCCAAAAGCGAAGUUCUGUCUUGGAAAAUAGCUAGUAAACUGUGUGUCGUGAAGUUUUGAUAAAGUUUUGUAUUAUAUUUGUGUAAUAAAAUGUAAAUUAUUUAAACAAAAGUUCUUUUUCUAUUGAACGAAAAAAAAAGUCAAAAUAAAAGCAAACAAAGUGAAGUUAAAAUAAUUCAAAAGAUGGCUCAUCAGAAACGGAGUGGAAAAACAUCAAUGGGAAAUACGAGCAGCAGUUCUUGUCCUGAUGAUAAAGAUAAUCCAGAGACAUUAAUUGAUGUAUUUCGGUGCUUUAUUUGCAUGGAAAAGCUUCAGGAUGCACAUUUAUGUCCAUUUUGUAGUAAAUUGUGCUGCUACGUAUGCAUAAGUCGAUGGUUAGUUGAGCAACGAAAGCAAUGUCCACACUGUAGAGCUCCACUUCACGUACACGAAUUAGUCAAUUGCCGUUGGUUUGAAGAAGUCGCAAAUCAAGUUGAAAGCUUACAAAUAAUGGCAAAUAAAACGUCACAUUUGACAAAUUUAAAUGAUAAGGAUUUAUGUCCAACACAUAAUGAAGAGAAAUUAUCAGUCUAUUGUUGGACAUGUAAAACAUGUAUAUGCCAUAAAUGUGCUCUGUUUGGCGGAACACAUACGAAUCAUACGUUUAAACAAUUGGAACUUGUCUAUGAGACGCAUUUAUCGCAAGUAAAGGAGGAGGUUAGUCAGUUACGCUCACGACUUGUCGAACUCGUCGGUUUUGUAUCGGAUGUCGAGCAGAAUGUUGAAGUCGUGAGAAGUGCUAAAGAUGAAAAGGUUCGUGAAAUACGUAAUGCUGUGGAAUUAAUGGUUAGUCGACUCGAUGCACAGUUAAAAGUCAAAUUAAUAAGUUUAAUGCGACAGAAAAAUGCUUUGACAUUAGAGACUGAACAAUUAGAACAUUUAUUACAAGAAAUUGAGCAUCAAUUGAAUUCAUGCUCGCGAUCACAAUUAAUAAGCAAGUCGCCAGAUUUAUUAAAAAUGAUAAAUCAAGUACGCUCGAAACCAAUGUCGAGUUUCUCAUGCACACCGAUUCCUGCUGAUUUUGUGAGUGAGAUUGUACCAAAUUAUGAUACAGGAACUUUCUUGAUUAAGAAUUUUACGAAGCUUCAACAAAAAGGCGACGCAAUAUAUUCAACUCCUCUACAUGUUAACGGAUUAUGUUGGAGAUUAAAAGUAUAUCCAAAUGGGAAUGGAAGUGUUCGUAAAGAAUAUCUUAGCGUUUUCCUCGAAUUGUCUUCAGGCUUUCCUGAAAUAUCAAAAUAUGAAUAUCGUGUCCAAAUGAUACAUCAGAACUCAACGAAGAUUAUUCAACGGGAAUUUGUAAGCGAUUUCGAAGUCGGUGAAUGCUGGGGCUACAAUCGCUUCUUCCGAUUAGAUCUAUUAGCCGAAGAAGGUUAUUUAAACACAUCAAAAGAUACUCUUGAAUUGAGAUUUAAAGUACGCGCAAGUACAUUCUUUCAAAAAUGUCGAGAUCAGCAAUGGUAUAUUAAUCAAUUGUUGCGACAACAAUCCCAGAAUCUCUCACAAAUUCGCGAACUCAAAGAUCGUCUUGAACGUGAACAAAUGAAAAGUUUGACACUCGCUCAAUCAGCGACAGCGACGACAAGCGAUGGAAUGGGAAAAUUGACGAAAUAUAAGUUAAUACCAGAUUCUCAUGUUGACGAUUUAUUGUUUGUGCAGCAACAACAAGCUAUUUUCAAUGAUGCAACAUCGUUUAGCAUAACUGAUGACUUGAAAAAGUUGAGCAGUGAUGCGAGUCGAAAUAGAAAUCGUUCGGGUAUUCAUGAGAAUCAUAGCAACGAAUCAGCACGAAAAUGUGAAUUAUCUCAGCAACAAGCACAGAAAUCAAGUCAUGACAAGUCAAAAGAUAAGUCUUUAGAGAAAGCAAAGCAAAGUUCAAGUGCAACAAUGUCAAAUGAAACAAAGACAACGACUUCAUUGGCCAUAUCCUUCUCAUCUCCAAAUCUCGCUACAAAUACAAGUUUCAGCUCUAGUUCUGAUUCUGAUGGAUUAGAUAAUGCCUGUGGCAUAACGAAUCGAAUUGUUAAAAUUCAAAACUUAUUAGAUGAUGUCAGUUCUAUUGACGAUAACGAACAUAAUGAAGAAUCUCUUAAUUUAGCCGGUGAAAAUGAUGUCGAAUAUGCUGAAUUGACACAGCGUAUGAUAUUUCCAGCAACUGUGCAAAAGGCACAAAAUCAAUUAGACAACGUCGAAACAUCCGAAUCAGAUUUAAUGAUAAUGAAUCUUUUUGAAGCAUCAUCAAAUUGCGAAAGCACCUCAUCACACUCAUCAAACUCAUCCGCAACUGCCCUACGACCAAUUACAAGUGUCUUAGAUAGUAUUGAGACUGUACCAUCAUCAACAAUUAUUGGUGCUCUAACUAGUAACAUUAGCAAAAAUAGUAUUAGUAAUAAUUUGUCAUCGGAUUUGCAUCCAGAGAGUUCAUCUGGUCAUUCACUGCCAACGCCAAUUCAUGAAAGUAACACUUGUGCUAGUCCCGUUUGGAAGACUCAAGUGAGUAGCCAGAGAUUAAAGCAUUUAAAUGAUUUGAUUCACAAUGUUAAGUUGCUUAAUAGUGAUGAAAAAAGUUAUCAAAUGCCAUCAACGUCGAUACAGAAUGUUUAUAAACGAAAUCCUAGAACGAUAAGGCACAAGAGAUUCUCAUUAAAUGAGAACAGCAUUGAUGCUGAUAACAUUGAUGUAUCAUUUCCAUUUCCACAUGAUUUUGACAAUAUGAAGAAAUAUACGGAUGAUAUAUGGCAAAAGACAGUAUCAUCAGACUGCAGUGAUCAAUCAAUUCAAGUAUGGGAAAAGCAGCCAGAAGCGAGUAAACCAACAAUGGCUUGGUCAACAUCAUCAUCAUCGCUUUAUGUACCCCCACCAAGAAAUUCAUUUUAUGAUGACGAAAUCUGGUCAAAUAUGUCGGGUGGAAAUAUAUUCUUUCCUGCAUCAGGUCCAUCAACAAGUAGUACAAAGCGCUUAUCAACGACUACCGAUUCUAAGAAUCGUACGAAAAAAACAUUUGGAUUAAAGUCACAAAAUGCACCAAGCACAUCAACAGCAAUUGACAGCGAUGAUGACUUGAUAAAGAAGAGAUUGUCGUUGUCGUCACUAAGAAAUUCUUUAUGUAGACAAAAGGCACUUGAAAAUUUAAAUAAUGGAAAUGUAGCACAGUCAAGUGCAUUUCCAUCCGAUUCGAGUGAUGAUUUUCUUCAGGCGUUAUCUAACAUGAGCUUUGAUAUUGGCUCGAUGACAAAUUCACGCUCAGAAGAUGACAACAAGACAUCAAAUAGCAAGAAGAAGAAUAAUGUUUAUACUGUUGACUGAAUCAUUUGCUGGGCGGAAAAAAAUAAUGCACAACAUUUGCGAAUGGCACGUCAUUUGAAGUGCGAUGUUUAGGAGAUAAACCUUGAUUAGGGAAUACAUACUAGUAAAUAACAAAUCUAGACUCAGCCAAGAUCUUUAGAUCAGCCAAUAAAUAUUAGCAACCAAACAUUCAUGUCUACAUUAAGCUUAGAGCGUGACUGCCUUUAAUUCUCGCAUUUGAACUGCCGAUUUCAAUUAAAACCUUUUUAUCGCUCAUGAAUUGUUUAUUAAUCCCUAAAACACAA